AUGAAAGAAGCGAUCAUGGGGAAGCAAGUCCCACUCCCCGACGAUGAUCCAUUUGCGCUUUUUCGUUUCGCCGAUUAUUUCCCGAAUUUGCGAGAGGAUGGCCAGGCCAUCAAAAAUGAGGAUCUUGAAGAUUUCAAGCAAAAAGAAGAAAAGGAUUCGAUUUCCGUGAUCGAGGAUGCUGAUUUGUUGUUGCCUGAGCCAAAAGUGGCAACCAAAAAUUUGGACCCUGAUUACGUCGAUGCUCCUAUCAUCAAUCCGUCUAACUAUUUCUUGGAGGGAAUCGAUUUGGAAAAGAUUCCCACGCCGAAAUGUCAUUUAACCAACUGCGCUGGACCGUUCCCAAACGAUGGCUCAAUCGAUGUCUCGAAAACAGAAAACAAAACGAAUUCCACGUGUAGCCGAGUAAUUUUACCGCUUAAUUCUUGUCUAAACAAUCAUGGGUAUCCAAUUGGAAUGAUUUGUGAGAUUUGCUGUGAAUGUUCACAAGCAUUUGAAAAAGAAAUGAGAAAAACAAGAGGUUUUAUGGUUGAUUUCAAU